AUAAGCGGCCUCCCCGCACCCUGCUUGUGCGCGCUCCCUGGGAGCGCGCAACACCACGAUCCGGUGCCCGGUCCCGAUCAUGUGAUCACUGAUUGGCCAAUCAGUGAUCACUUGUGACAUCAUUGCUUACUGCGUGUGAAAUCUGUGAACGAGCACAGAGGUCACAUGGUACAAGGCUAUUCACAACAGCCUUGUGCCAUGUGACAAGCUGUGACUAAUCACAGUUCACACAGUA